GAGGUCAACUCGUCCAAGCAGCAGCGGCAGAAACGCGACAGGGAUCGACAAGAACCUUCACAAACUCAAACCCAAUCCACGUUUAAAGCAUGUCUCACACCAUCCUGCUCGUGCAACCUACGAAGAGGCCUGAGGGAAGAACGUAUGCAGACUACGAGUCCGUCAACGAGUGCAUGGAAGGUGUGUGCAAGAUGUACGAAGAGCAUCUGAAGAGGAUGAACCCCAACAGUCCGUCCAUCACGUACGACAUCAGCCAGCUCUUUGACUUCAUUGACGACCUGGCGGACCUCAGCUGCCUGGUGUACCGCGCCGACACGCAGACGUACCAGCCCAACAACAAGGACUGGAUCAAGGAGAAGAUCUACGUGCUGCUGCGCCGUCAGGCCCAGCAGGCCGCCAACUGAGCCGCGCGACGUGCUCCGGUUCUUUUCCGAUACGCUAUUGUGCAUUGUUUCCUUUUGUUGUUUGUGUACCUCUUGAAGGAAGGCAUAUUUUGUAUUUUACAGUUUGUGUUACGAAUAAACAUUUCAUUGACAUUACAAAAAAAAAAAAGAAAAUAAGUACAUACCGGCAUAUUUCUUACAUUCACGUUGGUUUGUUUAAUAUAAGAAAUUACGCAAAAAGAUGAUCACCUGUUUCCAUGAGGAAAAAUGCAUUUUUCAGAGAAAGAAACCUGCAAUGUUACAGGGGAAAAAAGCAACAAUUGUUUCUCGGGGAAAAAAAGAAAAACAAUGAGUUUAGUUGGGGACUUUAGGAGAGUAUAGGCUUACAAGCAGUCAUUUUACAAGAAUAAUUAGAGGAUUUCAGGGGGGUGCAGUAAAUGGUUGAAAACCGUAUAAUGGGGGAGAAUGGUCAUGUGAGGUGAAAAAAAUAAUUUACAAUUUUACAACAAGAAUUUGUGGUGAAUGAAGUUGGAAUUUAACAGGAAAACUGGAAUUUAAAAAAAAAAGUGCAUUAUACAAAUAUUUAAAUUUCUUUUACAAGAAUUAAGUUGGAAUUUACAAGUCGUAAUUCUAAAAAAUUUUGGAUUUUGGGGGGAAUACAUUUGGAAUUGCAGGCAAGAAAAGUAAUAUUGAUUGAAAAAAAGUAAUUUUACAUAGGGGGGGGGGGGGGGUUGCAAUUUACAAGUUGUAAUUCAUUAAAAAAAAAAUAAGUCCAUAAAGUGUAAUACAGUAUGUAAUUUUUAAACGAAAAUGUAUAUUUUUUUUUAAGUGAGAAUUUGCGGUGGAUGAAGUUGGGAUUUACAUGAGUAAAGAUGCAAUUGCAGUUAAAUAAAAGUGAUUUCUUCACACAAUAUUGACAGACUCGUUUAAGUGUUCACAAUAUUUUUUAUUUAUUUUUUUAACCGUGUAGUCAUC